GCCAAUCGAGCGGCAAAAAGUGGUGUAAAAAGUUCCGUUGAGAGUGAAAACUUGUGAACCAAGAUGCAUCAUCUUCGCAUCGCAUCGAAUUUAUUAAUUAUUUCAUCGAUUGCCAUAUCAGUAUUAUCAAUUAAGGUGCCAGUGGACAACCCUCCAGAACAGGCUGAAGCCACAGACAUAUUACCCAUCAAAGUAGAGGAUGAGGGUCCAAAGACCCCAGUGUAUUACUUACCUAACGAUGGAACCAGUGACUCCUUCCUUAUACCGCCUCACCAGCUCGAAGAAAUCGAGGUGGCAGCUCCAUUGGAGACCCCCGCCACUUAUCUACUACCACCAGCUCCAGGGAAGCACAUAGACUACUAUUAUAGAGGAGAGGAGCCCGAACAGACUGACUGGUAUCCUAUACCUGUGAACAAAAACCCAGAAGCGCAGGCGCCGACGGAUAAAAGUGAAGACAGGAGUAGAAAUGGAAAGAUCCUAAAAGGAGAAUUACCUUCGAGGAGUCUCCUUCCACCGACAGCUAAUGCACAAAACGAUUACAUAAUCCUAACGCCAUCUGUGGAGUUAGAACUGCCUAACGAGAACAUAGACAAACCGAUGAUUCUACAGGAGAUACCGAAUAAAGUCUUCCAUAAAAAGGUGCCACAUAUUCAUCCCAAGAUUGUGCCAGCGCCGUAUUUCAUGCCGAAGCAAAAGUAUUACCCGACGAAGUUGUAUCCGAAGAAGGUGGUGAAGGAGUUCAGGCCUAUACCGAUACCUAUAAGUCAGUAUGCGGAAGGAGUGGACACGGUGCCAAUGGCGCGGCCGGUCAAGCCGUUCCGACCAGCUGUAGCAGUGGAGGGACAGUACGAGGGUCUGCAGCCUCCCCAGGACCAGCAAGUGUACUCGUAUGAGACUCCUCAGCCUCCUCAAGAUAAGCAGGUGUACUCGUACGAGAAGGCUGAGAAUCAAAGGAAACUGCAGAGCGAAAUCGACGGCUCCGAGGAGCAAAAGAUCAUGGCUAACGAAGACUACGAGGAUCCUCCGAGGGAGCAGGAGGCUUCGGAAACUAACUUUGGACAUCCUGGACGUAACGCGUACCCCGCCCCGCUGAAGCAGGCGCCCCCCGUGGCCCCCGCGAAGUACGCCUCUGCUAACGGCGAGCGCACCGAGUUCCGCAUGCACGGCAUGAAGGGCCCCCACAGCUACCAGUUUGGAUACGACACUGGCAAGGGUAAAAACCGUCAAUUCCGGUACGAAGAGCGAGACAACGACGGCAACGUGAAGGGGCACUACGGCUACGUGGACAAGUUCGGCAAACUGAGGGUAGUCAACUACGACGCCGACCAAAAUGGCUUCCGAGCUGAGGCGCCGAUUGAGAAGGAAUCUCGUUAGAAGAGACUGAUUUGGAAGUCGAGAGCAAUUUUAAGAUGAAUGGACGAAAUUUGAAAGGGCAAUCUGGAUGUGUGGACAAUAUGUACUCAAUAAUGUAUAUUCAGAGAAGUAAUUGAUUCACAGGCAGAUUG